AUGUUCGGGUGGAGCAGACCCAAAAGCGGCAAGAUGCAGCGGGCACAGCGGCGCAAGAAGAAGAAGCGCGAAUAUCAGCCGCUGGAGCUAUGGGAGGCGGUGAAUGAUGAAGAUGAUGGGAGACCUACUGACACACCCGCAGACGGGAGCGUUACAGAUCCUGAGGAGCAAGGUCAAGCAGACUUGAUUGCACCGAAUAGAGUGCUGCAGGCGGACACCAAUCCUCUCCUACCGGCAGAGCCGACAGAGGUAUCUACGAUGAAUUCUUUCUCGGCGACACAGCCUUCACGCCAGACACCACAGCUACGGAAUACGCCGAAGAGUGCACUGGGCAAUGGACUCGGAGGGUGGAAUACAGCGGGUAGCAGUGGAUUUGGGCUUGGGGGUGGAUUAGGAGGGGGGUUGGGAAGCGGAUUGGGAGGUGCCCGGCCAGCGCAGCUUAGUGGGUUCGCGCAGGUGAUGGGUGGUGGGAGUGGACAGGGGCCCAUUGAUAUGAGUGACUUUCCAAGCCUUGGUGGCGGUCCACGACCAAACGCCAGCUCGGCAUCCGCAGCUGGCUGGAACGCGAACACCAUCCGUCAGGUCUCAGCACAAUCACAAGCACAACCCCAGCAGCUGUCACAACCACCACGAGCGCCGUCAACAGCGCCAUCGCAAAGAUCGCUAGACCAAUUUGAUGGCCAGCGCGCAUCACAACCUAACAAUGAGCGCACAGAAGAUGCUUUCCCGCCACUGAGUGGGCAAUUUAACGGCGACUCAUCAUUAUCAAGCAAUGGCCUAGGCAGCAGCGUCGCAUCGCCCGACAGCAUAUCGCAGCAGCAGAGUGGUCAACAAGCACAACUACCCAUCCGCCACCCCUCGAAUGCGUACGCACAUCAACCUCAACAGCCAGCACCAAUCGGAUCUGGGGGUCCCGCAUCACUACCACAACAGGCACCUGCAGCGCAAAACGGCCCCGCGCAAGCACCUGCGAACGUCAAACGAUAUGCCGACAUGACCGAAGCCGAACAGUACGGUCUACCAGGCAUGCUCGCAGCAUUCGAAGCACGAAGAGCGAUUGAGGCAGGGCAACCCGUAGACGAGACUCUACCACCCGCGAUGCGAAGUGGCGUCUUUCUCGGCCAGGAUCUUAAUACUCUAGGCAUGGACCUCGACAGCCCGGACCCCAUCUACCCCACCUUCACCCCCUUCCCCGUGCCGCCAGAACGAGGAAGCGGAACGAUGUUCGAUUUUCACGAGCGGAAUGUCGUCCCUGAGUACACUCUUCCAAGCGCGUAUACCGUUACCAACGUCCCGCCGUUGGAGAGGAGGAUAACGGCCUUCAGUGACGAAACCCUGUUCUCAAUCUUCUACCAAAACCCGGGCGACUACAAACAAGAACUCGCCGCCGUCGAACUCACAGCCCGCGACUGGCGCUGGCAUAAGGUCUUGCGUCAAUGGUUGCAGAAGGAUACCCGCGAAGCUUCCUCCGGUUCUUCCUUACCGAUUGUGGAUCUGGCGACCACCCAGCCCAUCGGCGCACCGCCUGUCAGGGUCGGCGAGCGCACGGAACGAGGGGUCUACGUCUUUUUCGACGCGAUGAACUGGCAGCGUCAGAGACGCGAGUUCUCGCUCGAUUAUGGGGAGUUGGAUCAUAGGAAUGCGGGGGGGUUGGCGCAGGCUGGGAUGGGCAUGGCUAAUGGGAAUGGGAGUGGGAGUGGUGGCGGUGGUGGGGCUGCAGGGCCAGCGCCGGGUCUGACAUCGAGUGGGGUCUUGGGGGCUGGGGGCCCGGUUCAGCCGCCUGCUGGUGCUGGUGCUGGGGUGGGCGUUGGGAGUAUUGGUGGGAAUGGCGGUGGUGGUGGUGGGAGUAUUGGGAGUCAAGGCGGACAGGGCCAGGGGGCGCAGAGGGGUGCGGGGGCUUUGUAG